AUGCCUCUUACUAAAGAUAUUCAAAAACUUCAUAAAUAUUUAACAAAUGAAGGUACAAAAGCAGUAGAGAAAUUGGUCAAAAUGGAAUCUGUUAAAGCAUUUGAAAUGUUAACCGAAACUACAUUGGUCAGAACUAUUCUUUUAAAUAGAAAACGAGUUGGUGACGUACAAUUUAUACAAUAUUCCGACUAUAACAGGGGUUGUUCUAUUGACAAACAUUCUGAUACCUACAACAUGUUAUCGGAAGCGGAAAAAGCUUUGAGCCAGAAUAUGAUUCGUCUAGAAGCACAUCACUUAUUUAAGAAAUUUUCUAUCGACGCACAAUGUGAAGCACCAGAAACUUUAAGGUCAACCAAACUACGUAAACAUAUCGCAAUUACUGUUCAACUUUUAAACUUGAGGGAAAAUGAGUUGGAUGCCUUUGCCAAAUUUAUGGGUCACGACAUACGUGUUCACCGCCAGUACUACCGUUUACAAAACGAGGCUAUAGAUUUGGAAAAAAUAAGUAAGGUUUUAAUAAAAAUGGAAAAAGGCAAUAUAGAUCAGAUGAGGGAAAAAAACUUAGAUGAAAUAGAAGUCGAUGAUGUCGUAGAGGGCGAAGUGAUUAAUCCAGAGGAAGAGGAAAACAUGGAAGAAGAUUGGGAAGACGAAGAAAUGAAAAAUGUAGCAAAAAGAGGAGAAUGUACUAUUUUAAAUAGUGAUUUAAAUAGCAUAUCAAAAAUAAAAAUGACAUCUAAAAAAGUUGUACAAAAAAUAAACAAAGGACACAAUGUAAAUGUAAAACCUAAAAAAAUUGUUAAGAAAAUAAUUUGGUCAAAACCAGAAGCAGACCUAAUUUUAAAUUACUAUCGAAAAUACUUGGUAAUGAAAACCUUACCUGGAAAAUUUGAAUGUGAAAAAUUUUUAAAUGAGAAUAAACUAAUAUCUACCAAUCGAACAUGGACCAAUGUUAAAGAUUUUAUAUAUAACCAAAUAAGAAGACAUUGA